UUUUGUUCUACCGUAGUAGCAGAAACUAGAGACUCUAGACAGAGAGAUAUAGAGAGAGGGGUGCAGGAAAUGGUUGUGGCACGCGAUAUAGACGAUUUGCCAAAGAACGAUGCGAACUACACUGCGUUGACCCCACUGUGGUUCUUGGAAAGAGCAGCUACUGUGCACCCCACCAGAAGAUCGGUGGUACAUGGAUCACGGCACUACACGUGGCAUCAGACUUACAAGCGUUGCCGUCGACUUGCCUCUGCUCUUUCUAACCAUUCCAUCGGUCUCGGCAACACUGUAUCUGUCAUUGCACCCAACACUCCAGCCCUUUAUGAAGCUCAUUUUGGGAUUCCAAUGGCAGGAGCUGUACUGAACAAUGUUAAUAUUCGGUUAAAUGCAUCAACAGUAGCUUUCCUUCUUGGUUAUUGUUCAGCAGCAGUUGUAAUCGUGGAUCAAGAGUUCUUUUCCUUGGCAGAAGAAGCUUUGAAAAUCUGGUCUGAGAAAAGCAAAAGCUUUAAGCCUCCAAUUGUAAUUGUCAUUGGUGAUGAGAACUGCAAUCCUAAUGAGCUCAGAUAUGCUUUGGCCAAAGGAGCCAUAGAAUAUGAGAAAUUUCUUGAAAGUGGUGACCCUGAAUAUAAAUGGAAACCUCCAGAGGAUGAGUGGCAGAGCAUUGCUUUGGGUUACACAUCUGGUACCACUGCUAGUCCUAAGGGUGUGGUAUUACACCACCGAGGGGCAUAUCUAAUGUCUCUAAGUGGAGCUCUUAUUUGGGGAAUGCAUGAAGGUGCUGUGUUUCUGUGGACGUUACCCAUGUUUCAUUGCAAUGGCUGGUGCUAUACUUGGACACUUGCAGCUCUUUGUGGGACAAACAUUUGUCUUCGUCAGGUAACAGCUAAGGCAAUAUAUGCAGCCAUUGCCGAAUAUAAAGUGACUCAUUUUGCUGCAGCACCAGUGGUGCUUAACAAAAUAGUCAAUGCAUCUCCUGAGGAAGCCAUCCUUCCUCUACCUCAUGUUGUACAUGUGAAUACAGCUGGGGCAGCUCCUCCUCCAUCUGUUAUUGCCGGGAUGUCUGAACUAGGAUUUCGUGUCACUCACACUUACGGUCUCACAGAAACUUAUGGCCCUUCCACUGUAUGUGCCUGGAAGCCAGAGUGGGAAUCACUUCCCCCUGAACAACUAGCCAGGCUCAAUGCAAGGCAAGGGGUGCGGUACAUUUCCUUGGAAGGCCUAGAUGUUGUGAACACAAAAACCAUGCAACCUGUUCCUGCUGAUGGUACUACAAUUGGUGAGAUUGUGAUGCGAGGUAAUGGUGUGAUGAAAGGAUAUUUAAAGAAUCCUAAAGCUAAUGAGGAGGCCUUUGCAAAUGGAUGGUAUCAUUCUGGUGAUCUUGCUGUGAAGCAUCCAGAUGGAUAUAUAGAAAUUAAGGACAGGUCAAAGGACAUUAUCAUCUCUGGUGCUGAAAAUAUCAGCAGUGUUGAAAUAGAGAAUGUUCUGUAUUCUCAUCCUGCAAUACUAGAGGCAUCAGUGGUUGCAAGGCCAGAUGAGAAAUGGGGUGAGUCUCCCUGUGCGUUUGUGACAUUGAAGCAAGGAGUGGAUGGAACUAAUGAGAAGCUUCUAGCUGAAGAUAUAGUUAAGUUCUGCAGGUCCAACAUGCCUGCUUAUUGGGUUCCAAAAUCUGUUGUAUUUGGACCCUUGCCAAAGACAGCUACUGGGAAGACACAGAAGCAUUUGCUGAGGGCAAAGGCAAAGGACAUGGGGCCUGUCAAGAUGAGCAAGUUGUAACCAUGUUACGUAGAUGGUCAUGAAAAAAAGAAGAAAAACAAAGCCUGCUAGUUGUUGCUCCGUGACUUGUGUGACUAGGAUUGUUGUUAAUGUUGUAUUAUUUAUAAUAAAAGCUUGGGAGCAUAUAAUCAUCUAAUCUCUUGUUGUAAGAGAUACUCCCUCUUAUACUAUAAACUCAACACAUGAUGAGAUCUAUUAUGUGUUAAAAAUUAAAAAGACAAAUUUAUCAAUGUGUCUAUAACAUAAUUCUCUUUUACUAUAUAAGAGAAUAAUUUUCCCAAAAGCUUUUGAGCAAUUUAAUAUCAAACUUAACACCUUAUCUAAAACUCUUCUCCUUGCGUUUGUGACACUGAAGCCUGGAGUGGAUCAAGUUCUGCAGGUCCAAGACGCCUGCUUAUUGGGCCCCAAGAUCAGUUUUAUUUGGACCGUUAGUAAAGACAACUACUGGGAAAGCACACUGAGGGCGAAUGUAAAGAAGGACACUGGGCUUGUCAAGAUAAGCAAGUUGUAACCAUGUUACAU